UCGAUGCUAUGUUUUCUAGACGCUCAUUUUAUACUGUACUAGCAAUGUCCAAGCACGAAUGGCUUUUUACCAAAGCCAACAAACCUUCAGACACCAAGUUACCUUCUUUAGGCCACAGCAUAUCGUUCCACGGCCAAACAGCAUCAACUCGUGCAAAGCAAGUCAUCAAAAGGCCACGAGCGACGACGGCCGCUGCUUGUGGCGUUUCUAGAGCAAGUGUGAGUACGUGUAGAGACGGAGUGAGUGAAUUAAGUAGAAGGUUCAGUCACAUGACGAUCAGAGAGACAAAAACGCAAGCGGGAAGGAGAUUUUUGAACCAACAGAGAAUGAAGAGUGAAGAAGGAUUGAAGAAGAGACAGCCUGACUUGCAGGACAUAGCACGAAUGUUGAAAGGUGGUCACUACCAUCAUGUGAUUGUAAUGGUUGGUGCUGGUAUCAGCACAGCCAGUGGCAUACCAGAUUUCCGGACACCGGGCACUGGUUUGUAUGACAAUUUGAAGAAAUACAAGAUCCCAUACCCAACAGCCAUCUUCGAACUCAAUUUUUUCCUCUUUAAUCCAAAGCCAUUUUUCUGUCUGGCUAAGGAGCUGUAUCCCGGACGGUACAAACCAAAUGUUAUUCACUACUUUCUUAAACUGCUGGAUGCGAAGGGAAUGCUGUUGAGAGCUUGGACACAGAAUAUUGAUGGAUUAGAGAGAUUGGCUGGCCUUCCAUCUAAGAGGUUGGUUGAAGCACAUGGCACGUUUUCUACAGCUUCAUGCACACGUUGUGGGAAGAUACAGGAUGCGACUAAAGUCCAGAGUCUCAUAAUGGAAGACAAGGUACCACGCUGUGACUGCACAAAGCGAGGUAUCUGCAAGCCAGGUAUUGUAUUCUUUGGUGAGGAUUUGCCUCUCAAGUUUUACAGCCUUCAACGACGAGACUUUCAAGCGUGCGAUUUACUUCUUAUUAUGGGCACGUCACUAGAGGUAGAGCCAUUUGCUGGUCUUGUCAAUGCAGUUCGAUAUCAUGUUCCUCGUGUUCUUUUCAAUCGUGACCUUGUUGGUCCAUUCAGUGAACGUCGUAAACGUCCAUCGGAUGUCGUGUGUCGUGGAGACCUAACAGAGUCAAUAUACAAACUUGUAGACUUGCUUGGAUGGACAGAAGACUUAGAAUUAGUCAUGAAGGAAGCACAAGCAAGUCAAGCUGUUGAGUCUUCAAUAGAUACUGACAAAUGCAAUGGCUUCCACUCACAACAGAAUGAAAAUUAAUUAACAACAUUGGAUAUUUAUUAUUGCAUUCUUAUUUAUUAGAUUUUAUCACAUUGAUAUGCUUGUUUAAUAAUACAUUUUUACGUUUAUUAUUUUGAUAUUUUGCUGGACACGAAUAUACUAAGUGUAAUGUGUGGGCUA